ACCGAGAAAAUCUAUUUAAACUCCGUCCACAUCCCACCCACCUUAAAAUGCCACCCUCCUUAAUACCGAAGAAUUGUUCUUCAAUUUUAUCUUCUUCCCAAUCGUCAUGUAGGAGGGGAACCAUCAGAGUUGCGCAGCCUCUGCGCUCGUUCUCUGCCUCAACCAAAAACCAAGGUCGUACGCACCUACGCCGGAAGCUGUACUCCUGGCUCAAUGGGCCAGGAGCGGCAUUCAAGGAGCCGAUGGAAGGGGCCAACUACCUUGGAGCCUAUGACAACAAGGGAAACUUGAGGAGGGCGGCGUUUGCUACUCCUGGAGAACCUCUACCGCCACCAGGGGGGCUUGAUCUCAGGCCGUUCCCGAAAAACGAUGACUUCGUGUCACAACCUGUCACUAGCGAAGCGUUGAGGGAAGCGGUAUGGGAGAGGAUCAUGAAGAAUGGCCUCUCUGUCAAGGAAGUCAGCAAGGAGCUCGGGAUCGAGAUGAGCCGCAUUGGCGCUAUUGUGCGGUUAAAGGAGGUUGAGAAGGCAUGGCAACGUCAGGGCAAACGUCUCGCCAAACCAUACUCGAGAGCACUCAUGGAAAUGCUGCCCCAGACCCCCUACCCGAAUAAGUCCUGGUCCGGCGCAGUGCAACCCCACGAGUCCAUCAACGACCUCCCCAUCCACGCCGCCACCCAGCAGCAGAUCUUCUACCCCACCUCCGAAUCCAGACAAUUCACCCGCGUCGACGCAGCCCGCAUCUUCGCUGACGGCCUCCUCCCGGCCGACCUGCGCGUCCCCCACCCCGAAUUAAUCGAGGACGACCGCCUCCGCCUCCAAGGUGUGGGCGCCAAGGACAUCGCUGAGCGCGCCGAGGCGCGCAGCAAGGAGGCCUACGAGAAGAAGGCUGCUGCCGACGAGCGCAAGCGCGCCCGCGAGGCCGCGGCUCUCAAGGUCAUCCCGGGUGUGAGGUGGGACUUCAAGUUCCGCGAGGUCAGCGUCGAUGCUGCUGGUGAGACUGGCAGAGGCAAGAACGGCACGGGCUGGAGAUACGGUGUCCCGCUUUACGACAGGCGGAGGGGCGAGGUCAAGAUCCCUACCAGGGUGGCCUGAGCGUGUUUGGAUAGGUGGCCUGUAUGAAGUAAAGUUGAUGUUUAAAGGGCGUUUUUGGGGAGCAUUCAUUCAGCCUUGUACAGUGGAUGGGAGCAUUUUCACUGAGCGUCAGAGCGCUAGGUAUUAUAUAGCUUGUAAGAUGAGAGAUAUUAUAUGUAUAGAUUGAUUGGGCCACUGCUGCCUGUAUCUCAAGAAUCGAAUCAUAUUCAAGAGAUAUAUAUGAAUUGAGUUUACUAG